AUGGCAGGCAAGCCCAAAGUCCUGCUCCUGGGCGAAAUCGAGCACGCCCACGACGCCUGGGCCAAGGUCGCCCAAGUCGCCCAGGUCGUCACGCCCACAGCCGCCAACCGAGCCGACUUCGUCGCCGAGUGCCGGUCCGGAGCCUUUGCCGGCGUCUCCAUCGCCUUCCGCACCUUGGACUCGUUCGCCCUCACGGGCCGCUUCGACGACGACCUGCUGCGCGUCCUGCCCGGCAGCCUCAAGUUCCUCUGUCACAACGGCGCUGGCUACGACCAAGUCGACGUCGCCGCCUGCACGGCCCACGGCGUCCGCGUCUCCAACACGCCCUGCGCGGUGGACGACGCCACCGCCGACAUGGCCAUCUGGCUGCUCAUCGGGGCUCUUCGAAACUUGUCGCCCGGCAUGGCGGCCCUCCGCGCGGGCGACUGGCGCGGCAGGCCACCGCCCGCGCUCGGGCACGACCCCCAGGGAAAGAUUCUCGGCAUCCUGGGCAUGGGCGGCAUAGGCCGCAACGUUGCCGCCAAGGCGAGAGCCUUUGGCAUGCGCGUCCGCUACUGCAACAGGACGAGACUGGCUGCCGAGCUCGAGCAGGGCGCAGAGUAUGUCGGGUUUGAGACGUUGCUGAGGGAGAGCCAUGUGCUGAGUCUGAAUCUGCCGCUCAACCCGCAAACCCGCCAUAUCAUCUCCACCCAGCAAUUCAACAUGAUGAAGCCCGGCGUCGUCAUCGUCAACACUGCCCGCGGUGCCGUCAUGGACGAGGCUGCCCUCGUCGCCGCCCUCCAAGCAGGCACGGUUGCCAGCGUGGGACUCGACGUGUUCGAGCAAGAACCAGCCAUUCACCCCGGGCUGCUUGACAACCCGAGGGUGCUGCUGGUCCCGCACAUGGGCACGUGGACCGUCGAGACGCAGACCAAGAUGGAAGAGUGGGCCAUUGACAAUGUCAUGAUGGCUGUCCAAGACGGCAGGCUGAGGAGUAUCGUGCCGGAGCAGAAGGACUUGGCUUGGCCUACGACGUCGUAG